AUGCCGGCGAAACGUCUUGGAAUCGCUUCUGGGCUAUAUAACCUGCCCCUGUAUCUGCGAUCCUCACUUACUGCUGCAGGAAUCGACCCUUUACUGGGCUCCUUUGAUCCUACCUCCAGUGGAUUUAAAGACUCGACUCCCCGGCCAGUCGCCUGGCUGCGGGGCCUUAUUUCUUCAUCAGACACCACUGACCUGAUAUUUAACAGACAGAGAUUUGAAGACGCCUCUGAAUCUGCUGACAAGAGACACUAUGAUGUGCCAAAUGGCAUUGCUUUGGUUCGUUUUCAUGAGGUAGUUGUGGCAAAAAACCCAAUAUGCUACCCAAAUCCUUUGAACAGCAUCACCAGGAGCUCUGAUAUCCAACCCGAUGACGGCUUUGAUAAAAAACAAGCUUAUCAGCCAUAUAACUACGAAAAAGCCAGUUGCAAUGACUCACUUGUACUCUUGCUUCCGUCGACGGGAGCUACUCUGUGGUCACAACAUUCGGUAAAUGUCUUUGUCCCUGAGUGGUGGCCAGAGAAUGUGGUUACUGGGCUACCUCGUUUACCCUUUUAA